UACAGUACUGUGGGGAAAGAUUUAUCAGGAGUUUAUCUGUCUACUCUGUUCCAUUACUUAUAAACAUAUAGGGGUUUUUGUUUGUUUGUUUGUUUGUUUUACAGGGACAUUAAAAAAAAAAAAGCUGGCUUCAACCUUUGACUCUUAUCUACAUCUGGCUAGUUUAUGUUAUUUUGGUGAAAUAGAUGCAGGAUAGAGAUUAUCCCUGGAGAAACCUUUCUCAGAACACAGCCUAAUAACUUUGGUGAAAUUUAUUUCUAUAGUACAAAGUGAAUUUCUAAUCUAUAGUGCGGCUGGAUUACAGUGAAACCAAGGAGGCACUGAGGAAAUUUCAGGAGGCGUCGGGUCAAUCUGGCAACCCCAGAUAGGGCGCAGUGAUUUGCAGCGUCUACUGUAGAUUCGGAAAACAGAGUUUCAGUGACAGUAAACUCGUAAACACGCGCAGGAAGAACCUCGGGCAGGAGGAGAACCAUGCUGGGGAGGAAGAAGACAGGAGCGGGAAGGAAUGAACAGCCCAAAGCCUGUGAGCUGAAGAUCCCUGGCCAUCUGGGAAAAUUCGGCCUGCUGGACAAUGAGGACGUGCGUGUAAUGCUACAGGGCUCCAGCAUAGUGAAGGUGCGCUCAUCACGCUGGCAGAAACAACGCGGCUUCCGACUGCUGGAGGACUGUGUCACCGUGUGGUGUGAGUCCAGCAAAACCUCCCGCAAAGCCAAGAGACGCCAGAGCUUCUGCGUGACGGAGGUGGAGUGUGUGCGGGAGGGUUGCCAGUCCGAGUGCCUGCGUCAGCUCGGCGAUUCCGUUUCCGAAUCUCGGUGCUUCACGCUGGUGUUUCGUGGAGGGAGGAAGAGUCUGGACCUGUACUGCUCAUCGCCUGAAGAGGCGCAGUGCUGGGUCCGGGGCAUCCGAACUCUCAAAGACCGAGUCGGCAACAUGAGCCAGAAAGAGAAGCUCGAUCAUUGGAUCCGAAGCUAUCUGAGACGAGCCGAUCUGAACCAGGAUGGAAAGAUGAGUUAUGACGAGGUCCAGCACCUGCUCCAGAUGAUCAACAUAAACCUGAAUGAACAAUAUGCACGCACGCUCUUCAAGAAGUGUGACCGCUCUCAUGAUAACCGCUUGGACCCCGGGGAGAUUGAGGAAUUCUGUCGGGAGCUCAUGAGACGGCCCGAGCUGGACGCUGUGUUUCGCCAUUACUCUAGUAACGGCUGUGUGCUCUCCACGCCGGAGCUGCGGGACUUCCUGGGUGAUCAGGGCGAAGGAGCCACGCUGGGCCAUGCACAAAAACUCAUCGAUACCUACGAGUUCAACGACUGGGCCCAGAAGAACCUGUUCAUGACUCAGAACGGCUUCACCAUGUACAUGCUGUCAAAUGAAAAUGACCUGUUCAACCCGGAUCACACACGUGUGUAUCAGGACAUGAGCCGGCCGCUGGCCCACUACUACAUCUCCUCCUCUCACAACACCUACCUCACUAAAGACCAGGUGACUGGAGAGAGCAGCACAGAGCCUUACAUCAGGGCUUUGAAUGAGGGCUGCCGCUGUGUCGAAUUGGACUGCUGGGACGGUGAUAAAGGGGAGCCUGUGAUCUACCAUGGACACACACUCACCUCUAAAAUAGCUUUUAAGGAGGUCAUUGAAACUAUUGCUCAGUAUGCCUUCAAGGUGUCUCCGUAUCCUCUGAUCUUGUCUCUGGAGAAUCAUUGCUCCGUGGAGCAGCAAGCCGUCAUGGCUCAGCACCUGCGCUCUAUCCUCGGUUCAGCUCUACUCACCAAACCUCUCAGCGACCAGACACUUAAUCAGCUGCCCUCACCUGAGGCGCUGAAGGGCCGGAUCCUGGUGAAAUCAAAGAAGCUGACUGGUCUGAUAGAAAAGAUGGGCAGCUCAGCUAGUUUCUCAUCCUUCUCAGAUGAGGAGAUCAAGAAGGAGUCUGGGAAGCCAGUGAGCUCUUCUAAGAUAAGUCCCGAGCUGAGUGAGCUGGUGGUGUAUUGCCAGAGUGUGCCGUUUCCUGGAUUCGACGUGGCCCGUCAGAGACCCCCGAGUGUGAUGUACUCUUUCUCUGAGAAUGAAGCACUCAAGCACAUCAAAGACUCGGGAAAGCUUUUUGUGACACAGAACAGUAGACAGCUGAGCCGGGUUUACCCAUCAGGCCAGAGGCUGCAGUCCUCUAACUACGACCCACAGGACAUGUGGAAUGGAGGAUGUCAGCUAGUGGCUCUGAACUUCCAGACACCAGGGGAACAGAUGGAUCUGAACCGGGGUCGUUUCCUGCCCAACGGGCGAUGUGGCUACGUGCUGAAACCAGACUUCCUGUGUCAGCCAAAUUCCAACUUCAACCCAGAGAACACCGGUGGAGGCCCUGGACACAUACCCACUCAACUUACCAUAAGGGUGAUUUCUGCCCAGCAGUUACCCAAGAUUAACACAGACAAACCCAACUCCAUCGUGGACCCUCAAGUUUGUGUGGAGAUCCAUGGAGUGUCUAUUGAUAAGGCCCGUGCCAAAACUCAACGCAUCAACAACAAUGGUUUUAAUCCACGCUGGGAUUGCACCGUGAGCUUUCAGCUGCAGGUUCCUGACCUAGCCCUGGUGCGCUUUGUGGUGGAGGAUCAUGACCACACGAGCAAGAACGACUUUGUCGGCCAGUUCACCUUACCCUUCAACAGUCUACGCACAGGUUACCGUCAUGUUCACUUGUUGAAAGCAGACGGCUCGAGCCUCUCUCCAGCUACGCUCUUCAUCCACGUGAAGGUUACGCGCCGAGGAAAGCCCAUCAAAACAGUGUAAGAGCGCAUGGGGAAAGUCUGAAACCGUCCAGACCUUGAUUCGUAGUGAUCCUAGAUUCUGAAGACGUCCUGCCCAGGUGGAUAGAGAGGAGCCCGGGUCCCGAACUCAAUCCCAAAGAACCACGAGCAGUGUAACGUCCAGACACAAGAUCCCACAACAUCUGUGCUUUUCCAGAGUGUUGCUCAACGCAGACGUGGCGUCUCCGUGGCCAGGGCUUCCAGACAGGCUUUAGAUGAUAGCUGGCUGUGAUUGACAUCUAUUACUAUGAUCGAUAGAUUCCUGUUUCUCUAGGACAGAGUUGCAUUAUGUAGUCAGAGAUGUUUUUAAGCUUCCAUAGAGGCAAUGUUGCCAGACUGAGAUUUUUAUUUUUUAACGGUCUGACGUUUUACACAAUUUUUUUGAUCGAUUUUUUUCGAUUAAAAUUUUUUAAAUGAAGUGUUUCUUGUAAUUUAACGUUUAAUUUUAUUUACACUCAAAUAGUCAUUAAGUGCCUGAUAAUGCACUGUUUAAAUGAUGUUUAUUAGUGUUUCGAUACUUGCCAUUUUGUAGUAGUCCGGGGUGUGUAGAUGCAAGACAAUGCAAGACUAAGCUAGCUAGCAUGGAACGUUCUGGGAAUGUGUUGAAAGGCCGUUAACCAAGAAAUGACUAAAUUAUUGUCAGAAAUGAACAAAUCUUCCACACAAGUAUUUGAUUAUAUGAAGUAGAUACAAUCAGCAGUUGAGCACUUUAUAACACACAACAGCGUUGGGUAUAGUGAUGAAUAAAACUGCAUAUUGAAUUUGAGAAUGUAACACAAAAUUAAUGAGUAUUAUAAAUGUUAUUAUAUGAGAGGUUUUACAACUAAAUAUUGCUUAAAGAUAUAAACAAUAUAUAAAAGUUGUCUCUGUUUAACCUUACUGAGGAUUAAAACUUUACGUCUCAAUGUCUUAACAUUAACGUUACCACAGAAUAGUAAAAUUUACCACUCAUAUGUUCUCGGAAUGUAGAUUAUCCAUCCACCCAUCCAUCCAUCCAUCUUCUACCGCUUACUCCUUUUUUUAUGUUGUCUGACAUUUUAAAGCCGUCUACUAAUACAAAUGCAAAUAGAAAAGACUGAAAUCAGAAUAAAAAGUCUGUUGUUUUGAAUGAAGGGUAGAUUUUACUCAAACACGUGUGAGGUAUUGUACUUGUUGACUGAUCUGGCAUCGUCGUAAAUUAAAAUCUUGCCACCUUCUUGCCAGAAUGUAAAACUGAAAGUUACGUUAUGGUGCAGGUAUGAGAGCUAUUGUUAAUAGAAUAGGUUUGCUUUUCUGUACCCAGAGGACUGAUUUCUGUAACCAGAGGACUGUAACUUACCAGAGAACAAAUCAGCAGUGAUGUUAAAUAUGGACUACUACAAUUACAAAAUGUAAUUUAAAUGUACUUACACAGCUGUAAACGUUUCAUUUCUAUCAACUGUUAUGUAACAGAUGUUUUCUAAAGCCUAUAUUUUUUAUGUUUAUAGUGAGCAUUACAUAUAGAGUAUAUAUACACAAUAUAUUAUAUAUACGUGUGUGUGUGUGUGUGUGUGUGUGUGUGUGUGUGUGUAUAACUAGAUGCUUGCCACUGACUUUUUAAACCUAACAAUACUUUUUAACGGACUUUAGAAUAAGUACAAUUCCAAUCUUCUCUGGAAAGAUUUGUGAUAUUUCUAAAUAACUGUAGUUGAAAAAGCAUGUUUACAUUUUAUAAACUUACAUUUUAUAACCUAA